GUGAUCGAUUUCCGGAACCGUGAGAUCGCACAGUUCAAGUGGGGAACUGGUUUCUUCGGACCGUCCGUGACGGGCGUGAGUUUAGGUGGCUACGCCGGUGUCGGAUGGAAAGGCUACAAGCAGAACUGGACCCUGCAGGAGGCGUACGUGACAGGCCUCUACACCGGCGUUGGGCUCUCACCUUCCAUCUUCGGCCUCAACGCCGGCUUGAGCAUUACAUUCGCCACGGACGCGGACAAUUCCAUCCCAGGUCCAUGGAUUCCGGAGCCCCAUGGAGUCAACGGCAUCACACUGGGAUGGAGCGCCGGCGCGAGCAUCACAAAGGCGGUCAUUCCGAUGUCUGCGGAUGUCGGGGCGUCCUACUACUGGUAUCUGAAUUCCGAGUGCUUCGGAUCACUAUCCGAAAUGAUCAAGUAUAUCUGGGUGCCUCGCUGCAAGGAUUGCCAAGGGGCCACCGAGAAUGCCAAGAUCAUGGCUCUGCGUCUCAGCAUCAACUUGCCUUCCUUUCCCUUCAUCAGCGAAACUGCCUUCUCGCUCUUGGCUGCCAUGUAU